CCGGCGGGCCGGCGGAGCCGUGCGUGGACCCGCCAGCAUGCUGCAGAAGCGGGAGAAGGUGCUGCUGCUCAGGACCUUCCAGGGCCGGACGCUGCGGAUCGUACGCGAGCACUACCUGCGGCCCAGCGUGCCCUGCCACAGCCCGCUCUGCCCGCAGCCCGCCGCCUGCCGCAACGAUGGGAAGCUCUUGUCUGCCGAAGUGACUCAUUAUGUGAUCCCAGACUGGAAAGUUGUCCAAGAUUACCUAGAGAUCCUCGAGUUUCCAGAGUUGCAGGGAGUUAUUUUCAUGCAGACAGCCUGCCAAGCCGUGCAGCAUCAAAGAGGCUGGAGACAGUAUAACAAACUGCGGAACCUCCUGAGGGACGCGCGCCAUGACUGCGUCCUCUUUGCCAACGAGUUCCAGCAGCACUGCUACGUCCCCCGAGAAAAGGGCGAGUCCAUGGAGAAGUGGCAGACCAGGAGCAUCUACAAUGCGGCUGUUUGGUACUAUCACCACUGCCUGGACAGGAUGCCGAUUGUCAUGGUGACAGAAGAUGAAGAGGCUGUUCAGCAGUAUGGAAGUGAAACAGAAGGAGUUUUUGUGAUUUCUUUUAAGAAUUACCUGGACAAUUUUUGGCCGGAUUUAAAGGCUGCCCAUGAGCUCUGUGACUCCAUCCUUCAGUCUCGCCGAGAGAGGGAGAGUGAGAAUCAGGAGAGUCACGGGAAGGAGUACCCCGAACACCUGCCGCUGGAAGUGCUAGAAGCGGGCAUCAAAUCCGGACGCUACAUCCAGGGAACUCUGAAUGUCAACAAACACCGAGCACAGAUAGAAGCUUUUGUUCGUCUUCAAGGAGCCAGCAGUAAAGACUCAGGGUUAGUCAGUGACAUCCUCAUCCAUGGCAUGAAGGCCCGAAACCGCUCCAUUCAUGGAGAUGUGGUGGUCGUGGAACUGCUCCCCAAAAAUGAGUGGAAAGGAAGAACAGCUGCGCUGUGUGAGAAUGAGAGUGAGGACAAGGCCCUGGGUGACGCCCCCAGCGAGCCCAUGCCCACAGGUCGAGUGGUGGGCAUUCUUCAGAAGAACUGGCGAGAUUAUGUGGUGACCUUUCCAUCCAAGGAAGAGAUCCAGUGUCAGGGCAGAAAUGCUCAGAAGGUCCUGGCGACACCCUGGGACUACAGGAUUCCCAAAAUCCGCAUCAGCACUCAACAAGCAGAGGCUCUGCAGGACUUCAGGGUGGUUGUGCGCAUCGAUUCCUGGGAGUCCACGUCUGUGUAUCCAAACGGACAUUUUGUGCGUGUUUUGGGAAGGAUUGGCGAUCUGGAAGGGGAAAUCGCAACCAUCCUGGUGGAGAACAGUAUCUCAGUCAUCCCCUUCUCAGAAGCCCAGAUGUGUAAAAUGCCAGUAAACACACCCGAAAACCCCUGGAAGGUGAGUCCUCAAGAAGAACAGGUGCGGAAAGAUUUGAGGAGCACCCACCUUGUGUUUAGCAUUGACCCCAAAGGUUGUGAAGAUGUGGACGACGCGCUGUCAGUCAGAACCUUAAAUAACGGCAACCUGGAACUUGGGGUCCACAUAGCAGAUGUCACACACUUUGUGGCGCCCAAUUCUUACAUUGAUAUUGAAGCUAGAACAAGGGCCACCACCUACUACCUGGCCGACCGGCGCUACGACAUGCUGCCCUCCAUCCUCAGCGCUGAUCUGUGCUCGCUCCUGGGCGGUGUUGAUAGGUAUGCCGUGAGCGUCAUGUGGGAGUUGGAUAAGUCCUCUUAUGAAAUUCAGAAAGUGUGGUACGGCAGAACGAUCAUUCGGUCAGCUUACAAAUUGUGCUAUGAAGCGGCCCAGGAACUGCUGGAGGGAAACUUCAGCGUUGUUGAUGAUAUUCCUGAAUUCAAAGACAUGGAUCUUGAGAGCAGACAAGCCAAGCUGGAAGAAUUAGUGUGGGCACUUGGAAAGCUAACUGACAUCGCUCGCCACGUCCGUGCAAAAAGGGACUGUUGUGGGGCCCUGGAAUUGGAAGGUGUAGAGGUUCGAAUCCAGCUAGAUGAAAAAAAGAACAUCCACGACCUCAUCCCCAAACAGCCUCUGGAAGUCCAUGAGACAGUAGCUGAAUGCAUGAUCCUGGCCAACCACUGGGUGGCCAAGAAGAUCUGGGAGAGCUUCCCUCACCAGGCCCUUUUGCGGCAGCACCCACCUCCACACCAGGAGUUUUUUUCUGAGCUCCGGGAAUGUGCCAAGGCUAAAGGAUUCUUCAUUGACACAAGGUCCAAUAAAACAUUGGCUGAUUCUCUGGAUAAGGCAAAUGACCCCAAUGACCCUGUUGUGAACAGGCUGCUGCGCUCCAUGGCCACUCAGGCCAUGUCCAACGCCCUCUACUUCUCCACGGGAUCGUGUGCGGAAGAAGAGUUCCACCAUUACGGUCUUGCAUUAGAUAAGUAUACCCACUUUACUUCGCCAAUAAGAAGAUACUCAGAUAUUGUAGUACACCGACUAUUAAUGGCAGCCAUUUCAAAAGACAAAGAAAUGGAAAUUACGGAAAAUUUGUUCAGCAACAAAGAUCUUGAGGAAUUAUGCAGACAUAUCAACAACAGAAACCGAGCGGCCCAGCAUUCACAGAAGCAGUCUACUGAGCUCUUCCAGUGCACGUACUUCAAAGACAAAGGCCCGGAAAUGGAGGAGAGGUGCAUCGCUGAUGGAGUUAUUUAUUCAAUCAGAACAAAUGGUGUGCUUGUGUUCAUACCAAGGUUUGGGAUUAAAGGUGCUGCUUAUCUAAAAAAUAAAGAUGGUUUAGUGAUCUCAUGUGGCCCGGACAGCCGUUCCGAAUGGAAGCCAGGGUCUCUUCACCGGUUUCAGAACAAAAUCACCUCCACCACGACAGGCGGGGAAUCUACUACUCUCCAGCUGUUUGACCAUGUGACAGUGAGAAUAUCUGUACAGGCCUUGCGGUGUCAUUCUGAUACAAUCAGGCUUGAAAUAAUAAGCAACAAACCAUACGUGACGCCAAACACGGAACGUCCCCAGCAGAGCUCCAUCGUGCUGAAGAGUGAGUUAGUGAAGGAAGUGACCAGAUCUGUGGAAGAGGCUCAGCUGGCCCAGGAGGUCAGAGCGAAGGCCCUCCAGGAAGAGUGUGAAGAAUACUGCCAAACAAAGGGCCGCAGCCUGUACACCCUCCUCGAGGAGAUAAGGGAUCUGGCUCUUUUGGAUGUUUCCGACAGUUGUGGAGCAUGACAUGCUUUUGCUUCACUAAGACUUUUCUACUGUGUUUUGCCAUCUUUUCAAAUUUCACAUCUAAUUUUGCGUUACUCAGGGCUCUAGUCAAUUAGCAUUAUUUCACAUAUGUGUAGAUUAAUUUCUCAUGCUUCGUUGAAGUUGCCUUAAAUAAAGUAUAAAAUGGGCUGGAGAGACGGCUUAGCAAUUAA